UUGGUCAACAAAUUCUUAAUUAUAUCCUAAUCAUAUUUGUUUCUUUUGGAAAGGAAGUAAAGAUCAGUUAAAAUAGUUAAUCCGGGUAAAGAUCCGAACCGGGCCAAAUUAUAGGAAGAUCAUCUCCCUCCUCCGUCUGCAUCUCAUUCAAUUCAGACCAAUUCGAUGGAGGUUGGCGGCGAAGUUUCACCGGAAACCGCGAUAUCUCGAUGGAAGUUGGGGCUAUCGCAGCAGUAUCAGCACAUGCUCGACAAGACCACCCCGCACGUACUACGGCGUUGGGUUGGUUGCUUGGUGGUGGCCUCCAUCUACGUCCUCCGUGUCUACCUGGUGGAGGGCUUCUACAUCGUCUCCUACGCUCUCGGCAUCUACAUCCUCAACCUCCUCAUCGGUUUCCUCUCCCCUCAGGUCGAUCCCGAGGUUUACGACGACGGCCCCACCCUCCCUACCUCCGGAUCCGAUGAGUUCCGCCCUUUCGUUCGCCGUCUUCCCGAGUUCAAAUUCUGGUACUCGAUCACAAAGGCCUUUUGCAUUGCAUUUGUGAUGACUUUCUUUAGUGCGUUUGAUGUUCCUGUCUUCUGGCCAAUACUUCUCUUCUAUUGGGUGGUCCUAUUCACGCUCACUAUGAGGAGACAGAUAUCCCACAUGAUCAAAUACAAAUAUGUACCGUUCUCAUUUGGGAAGCAGCGCUAUACUGGAAAGAGAGCAUCAGCUGAAAGCAAGAGCCUUCCGGAGGACUGAUAAUUCAGUUUCAUUGAACUUUAUUUGCUGCAUUUAAGUCACAACCUCACAUAUGGCGUGAUAUCAUCUGCAGUAUGUUGUAACACCUUGAGAAAUAUGAGGAUGUGAGAUUGCUUUGAGGUCUAGCAUGGAAGUGGACAUCUAGAUGUUCAAUUCCCAAUUGAGCAACUGUUUGGACAUCUUCAAUGUCUCUGCACCCUAGUAGAAGACUUAGUUAUGGGGAGAUGCUGGGUUUUUUCCUUUGCAUCCCCCUUCUAGUGAAGUCCUUUUUCUUUAGUUUCUGUUUCUAAUAGGUGGGCAAGUGCCAAACUCUGAUUGCUGAAUUCAUGGUCGAAUAAUGAGAAGUAUACAAAAAUCAAUGUAGUUGGAAUCCCCUUCAUUGUUUGCUAUGGGGUUAUACUGAUCUGUUCUUCCCCAUUGUAUCUUCAGCUGCAAUUAAAUGCAAGUCUUCUGGAAGUUAUCUGA